CCGUUCGUGAGCCUUCCGACUCUACACAAUGAAAGCCCUGGAAUGUUUUAUACUGGUGCUGGCUUUAGCGAGGGUUUUCCCCUGGAUCGAGGGCUGCAAUAGGGUUCCACUGGGAGCCACGGCAGCCAAGUCACCGGUGGAUGAUAAUUACGUGCUCUCCGUAAACGGAAAUACCCAGAGUUAUGUGCCCGGUCAGAGGUAUAAUGUAUCCCUCAGUGCAUUUUCGGGUUUAUCCUUCAUCAGCUUUAUGCUAUCGCUGGAUCUGGAGAGUGGCGAUAACGAAGGUGACCCCAAUACUUUGGGCACCUGGGAGAUCCCUGACCUGGCGGAGACCCGUUUCAGUCCGCGCUGCGCAAAUCUGGUGGAAAACACCAACACGAAUGUGAAGACCCGCGUGGAUGUGGUCUGGGUGGCUCCAUCGACUCCAGGACAAGGAUGUAUCCUGGUGCGGGCAACGGUGAUGCAGCAUCGCGAUGUGUGGUUCAUGGACGAUGGCUUCCUCACCAAGCGAAUGUGUGAGGAGGAGGUGGAUGACAUUGACACACAGCCCAGCAUCGUGGAUCCUUGUUGUGCCUGUGACGAGGCCAAAUAUGAGCUUACCUUCGAGGGCAAGUGGUCGCGGCACACACAUCCCAAGGACUUUCCUGCAAACAGUUGGCGCACCAGGUUCAGCGAUAUUAUUGGCGCCUCGCACACCUUAGACUAUAGAUUCUGGCAAUACGGGGAGUUGGCCAGCGAAGGUUUGCGUGAGGUGGCAGAACAUGGAUCCACGAGAACCUUGGAGAGUGAGCUUAAGGAUCAGAGCGAGCACAUCCGCACUAUUAUCAAAGCCAGGGGCAUAGCCUAUCCAAAUGUGACGGGCAAAACUUUCGCUGUUUUUCGCGUGGACUCCAAUCAUCAUUUAAUAUCGUUGGUCUCCAUGGUGGAUCCCUCACCGGAUUGGAUCGUUGGCGUCUCUGGUCUGGAGUUGUGCCUGCCCAACUGUUCCUGGGUGGAAAGCAAGGUUCACAAUCUCUAUCCCUGGGAUGCGGGCACAGACAGCGGUCCAUCUUAUAUGUCUGCUGACCAGCCGCAGGUGCCACCAGACGUGGUACGUCGCAUCAAGUCCAACUUUCCCAAUGAUCCCCGCUCACCGUUUUAUGACCCAACUGGCGCUCAGAUGAAACCACUGGCCACCUUGCACAUCAAUCGACGACGUCUCUACGAGAAGAACUGCGAGUCAACCGAUUCGGAACAACUGCCGGCGGAGUGUGCCACAAAUUCGUGGUCCAGGUGGGAUGAGUGCACCACUAAGUGUGGACCUGGAAAGCAGUACAGGAUCCGUGAGUUCAAGAAUCCCACGCUGGCUUCGCGUCAUCGUUGCAAUAAUGCCCUGCGUGAGGAGAAGAACUGCGUGGGAAACAAGUGCGCCAGCUUCAAUGAGGAGGCAGCCGAGGGAGCCGGAGAACCGGACGCUGGACCUGUUCCUGGCAGCCACGACGAUCCGCAGUGUGGCAUAUCCGAAUGGUCGGAGUGGUCCUCCUGCACGGUGACCUGUGGAACAGGCGAGAUGACCCGAUCCCGGCACUAUCUCAACAAGAAGGCCAAGAAGAAGUGCCAGAAGGCGAGUAAGGCGCGACUGCACGAGACCAAGAUCUGCGAGGCCAUGGAAUGUGGUGGGGACAUCGAGAACGCAGGUGGUGCUGGCGAACCCGAGGAGGAGCAGGCUGGCGGCGAGGGUGGAUCAGCCGAGAAGCGAUCACUCUUCCGGAACUUCGAGAGCUACAGCCAGCACACGGAGGAUUAUAUACCACCCGUUUGCGGGGUUACUCCGUGGUCGGAUUUCUCGCCCUGCACGGGACCCUGCGGUGGACAUGGCAAGCGACAACGCAUCCGCAAGGUGUGGAACAACAACGAGGUGUACGGAGUGACUGAUCCCAACGACGAUGGCCAGGAUCCCUGCGCGCACAUUAAGCUGCACGAGGAGGUAAACUGCACGAAUCCCACUUGCGACACCAUUGUUCCCGUUUUCUGUUACGAUGAGCUGGUGGACAGUCCAUGUCGUGACAGCGAUGUGGCCAACUUCUGGUACUAUGACCAUGUGAGUGACCAGUGUUCCAUCUACUGGUCGGAUCGGUGCGACAUCAAUCGCAACAAGUUCAAGUCGAAGGAGGAGUGCGAGGAGACCUGUCGCUUGCCUCGCCACAAACAGGAGCUCCAGCAUGAUGGGGUUCCUGCCAUCGAUUGCAUGGUCUCCGACUGGAUAUCCCACAGUUGCAACGCCUCCUGCGGCGAUGGCUUCCAGUUGCGCACGCGCCGUGUGGUGAAGACUCCCAAGUACGGAGGGAAACCCUGUCCCAAGCACCUGGUGCGCGUCGAUCGUUGCUAUCAGCGGUGUGAUGACAUGUACUCCAUCAGUGGUCGGGGAUUCGGGGAACGGAGGCACGUGGUGAAGGCUCCACAGCCGGAGUUACGAGACGAAUGCCGCUACUCGGAGUGGUCUGCCUGGACGCCCUGCACCGCCACCUGUGGCGACAAUGCCGUUCGCCAACGGACUCGCACCCUUCUAAACACGGAUUUGAGCUUCAAGUGCAAGGAUCGUGUCCGCAUGGAGAAGUGUGUGAUGAUGCCGUGCCUGCUAAACAGCAACGAUGAGCCGGAGCGGUGGUGAGAAAUCUACAGCUUUGGCAAGUAUUAUAUAUACACAAACCAUGUAAUCAUUAUCGAGGGAUAUCAUUGAAUUUUUCAUUCCGAAAAAUUAUCUGUCCCAAAAUAAAAAGCCUUAAAUAACUUA